AAAAAUGCUGCAUCAAUCACUCGAUCUUCUGCAUCAAAAGCCGCAUCUAAAUCUCCUCCAGUCUCCCCGAGAAAUAGUGUGUGCAUUCACCACUGGAUAAGCCGUCACUCUUCCUCCUCCGCUCUUUCAAGAGCUAGCACAGUUCUUGGGGAGAAAAGAGAUACUCCAUGGAUACUACUACCAGAAAUGAGCCGCAGCAGCAACCCCUGCGCAUCCUCUUCCUCCCGUACUUCGCCCCUGGGCACCUCAUUCCGGCGGCGGACAUGGCCGCGGUAUUCGCCGCCCGAGGCGCCAGGUGCACCAUCCUCACCACGCCCGUCAACGCCGACAUCAUCCGUCCAGCCGUCGACCGGGCCAACAACGCAAACGACUCCAACCCAGCAAUACCGAUCGACAUCUCCGUCGUGCCUUUCCCCGACGUCGGGCUCCCGCCGGGCUUCGAGAACGUCAGGUACAUGAACCAGUCCCACGGACCAGAGCACUACGGCAAGUUCCUCCAUGCCGCGCUGCUUCUCCGGGAGCCCUUCGACCGGUUCCUGGCUGCCGCCCGCCCCGGUGUCGACGGCGUCGUGACCGACAGCUUCUUCACCUGGUCCCAAGACGCCGCCGCCGCGCACGGCGUCCCGCGGCUCGUGUUCCUCGGCAUCAGCGUCUUCGCGCGGUCCUGCUUCGAAAGCACGCUGCGCAACAACCCGCUUGAGGCUUGCCCAGAGGACGACGACGAUCCGGACGCCCUUGUUUUGCUGCCCGGGCUGCCGCACCGUGUGGAGCUGAGGAGGCGGCAGAUUUUGGAUCCCCGGAAGCGGCUGUUGGAGUGGCAAUUCUACGAGAGCGCCAGCGCGGCGGACCGGAGGAGCUUCGGCGAGGUGUUCAACAGCUUCCGCGAGCUCGAGCCGGACUACGUGGAGCACUUCCACGCCAAUCUCAGCCGCCGCGGGUGGCUCGUCGGGCCCGUCGCGCUUGCCACCGACAGCAGAGAUGUGGUCGCGACAGGAGGCAUUAGUACCGACGGUGUCGCCGACAGCUGCAUCCGGUGGCUAGACGCGAAGCCGGUAGGCUCCGUGGUGUAUGUCUCCUUCGGCACGUUGACCAGUUUCUCGCCUGCCGACCUGGUCGAGCUGAUGGAACCCAUGUAUCCUCAGCUGCUCAUCCACCUCCUCCUUAGAGCGCGACCACGGUUUCCUGUGAACACUGAACAGAUCGGGCUGCGGCAAAGGGAUUUCCCUCUCAUCCCCGUCAAUAAACAACAUUCUAUAGAUAAUAUUAUCUAAACUAGAGUCAGUUGUAACAAAUUGGUGACUCUUCAUAGCAGCAAUAUCAAGCCUUAUAGGAGUUAAUUUCACAUCAGUAGGGUCAAGAGGAAGAUCUAGAUAUGCCAAAAUACGCGAGGCAACAAUUCAUCCAAAAAUUACCUUACUACCUUCUUAAUACAAGCAACUUCAAACUAAUGGCUUUAUUGCAAAGAUGGUGGUUGCACUACUACUACUGGGCAGUGAGUCUUGCUAUAUCUAACUCUCUGCUCUUAUGGAUGGUGGUAUGCUUCUGC